GAAGAAACAUUUAUUUGAUAGCUUGUUCAAUUGUCUUACAGUUAACAGGCAAGAUAAUCUGCAUUUUCUGAAUCCCAGUCUAGUUAUUCCUGUUGAUGCAUAUUGCCUUUAAACAGAUCACUCCUCCUUUACCUGAAAUAUUCAAGUAUUUCAUGUAAUUGCUAUUACUGAUCAUGCUUUUUGUUCUUCUUUUCUCUCUGGAAAAAUUAACCUAGUUAUAAAAUUAGUCUUGUUUGGAGGUACAUAAUCUACAGGCUGACAGAGGAAUGAAAAUGUGAAGGUUAUGAGCUAGAAACAUUCUAUCCCUAAAGCACAAGGUCCUUCCUGUGAACAAGGCCAGGAUUGACAUCAGAAUGCAACUUUAUUGAACUUUUCAAAAACAAUGAAUGAGCAUUUUGUUCUGGAAUGUAAUGCCUACUCAUUCACUUUUUUUGUUUGUUUCAGAUGGGCUGAAACAGUUUAACAAAUCUGGAAUUAAUAGAAGAUGAAGAUGAUCCCAUAACUAUAGGUGACUAUUUACAAUUAAGGGAAAUACCACACAAACUGGGAAAUGUAAACUUAAUCCGUGCAGUAAGUGAGGUGGAUUACCUAUAGACCAAGAGGCUUCCCUGGAACUCUAUCUCACAGACCCAACCCAUCUCUCUAAGGGAGGCAACACUUGGGUGUCACUUGUCCUAAGCUCUCAUUGUAUUUAAUACAGGUUGAGCAUCCAUAAUCUGCAAAGUCCAGAAAUGCUCCCAAAUCUGAAACUUUUUGAGCAUCCACAUGAUGCCACAAGUGGAAAAUUCCAUACCUGACCUUCUAUGACAGGUUGCAGUCAAAAUUUUGUUUCAUGCACAAAAUUUAAAGUUUUGCAAGCACCCGCCACCACACCUAAUUUUUGUAUUUUUAGUAGUGAUGGGGUUUCACCAUAUUGGCCAAGCUGGUCUCGAAUUCCUGACCUCAAGUGAUCUGCCCACCUCCGCCUCCCAAAGUGCUGGGAUUACAGGUGUGAGCCACUGCUCUUGGCCUAUUUAAAAUAGUGUAUAAAAUUAACUUCAGGCUAUAUGUGUAAGUUUUAUAGAAAACUAAUGCAUUUCACAUUUAAACAUAGGUUCCAUCCCCAAGAUAUCUCAUUAUGUAUACACAAAUAUUCUAAAAUCCAAAAUAAUCAGAAAUCUGAAACUGUUUUGUUCCCAAGCAUUUCAGAUAAGGGGUACUUAACCCAUUUAAACAUUUGUGAUUUGCACAUCUCUGUUGCUAGAGUCUAGGCAAUUUGCAGUGAAGGACUGGGACUCAUCAUACUUGUACCUUAGUGCUUACCGUACAGUGGGGCUGAAUGAUUAUCUAUUGAACGAAUAAAUCUUUUCAUAUCUAGAGACUGGUGUUGAGAGGGCAAAAUUAAAUGCCUAUUCUUGAAGAGUUACCAGUCUGUACAUCUUCUAGAGAGAACCAACUUUCUGCUGUUAAACCUUUCAGAGUCUAGUUCUAAGUCACUGACAAUUACUCAGCUAGUGACCCACUCAACCUCUCCUCUACUCUCAACUUCCAUUUCUGGAGGCUGUUACGUGGCCCUUCUCUCAGCAUUCUCAGUACACCUUCUAUCUAGGGAUAUUUGAUGUUUCCUUCUUUUGAAAAUCAUGCUACUGUAUGAGGUUUUUACUUUUUGAAUUAUCUUCCCAUCUGAUAUUCCAAGGCCUCCCUCAUCCCAGAUCAAGGUUUCUAAGCAGGAAAAAAGUUUGCGAAAAAUGCUGUGGUUUCUUAGGAGAACACUUAAAAUUUGCAACAAAGGAAAUCUUACAUCCUGUAAGAUGUAAAAUCCUCACCAUCUAUCAAGGACUACUAAUUUCCUCCUCCUGCUUCUGAGUUGAAAAACACAAGCUAAAUCUGUCUGCCUAACGCACAAAACCAGAUGUCCACUCUUCAUCUCACAGAAUUAACAUCUGCGUCUUUUAUCUACGUAAACAAACUUGUCAUUGAAAAAGUCCUUGGCUUUGAAGUCGCCAGAUGACGGAAGUUAACACUAACACUCAAACCCCCAGUCUGAUUUUUAGAGUGGGUCGAUUUCACGCAAGUUCAGUGGAAUUUCCCCAGACCGCUGGCCUGUUUCUACUCUGCUUCCCUAGGCGGCUUCUGGGACAGAAUUGUACUUCUCUAGGUAUUUGCUUGCACAUGGGUUUACUGAAACGGUCGCCACUGCACGACGUCCGUUCUUUCCGUGUAACUAUCCAGAGCCCAACACCAACCAACGUGCAACGCAUCCGUGCACACUGGCGCAGCCAUCACGACCUUUCAAACCGCCCGGCGGACCUCCCAAAGACACUCAAGGCCCCCGCCUUCCGGUCCCUCUGUCGCCGCCCGACGCCGUCAGGCUGUUCCUCGCUCGCCUUCGCCCUCCGCCAAUCCGGCUUUCCCCCAGAGGGCUCCCGGUUCUCCAGUCGUGCGCGGCUCAGGCUGCGGCUGUUCCGUCGGCUGCCGCUCCUCCUACCAGACGCAGAGCGCCGCUCUGCCCCGCCCCCCGCGCCGGCAGCCGUCCUUACAUCCGGGUACCGACUCCAGCCGCCCAGACGCUGGCACUAUGGUCAUGGCGGAGGGGACUGCAGUUCUGAGGCGGAACAGGCCGGGCACCAAGGCGCAGAAUUACGGAAAGGACACCUUUCAAAGGGGGCAUACAGGAUUUCUAUAAUUGGCCUGAUGAAUCCUUUGAUGAAAUGGACAGUACACUAGCUGUUCAACAGUAUAUUCAACAGAAUAUAAGAGCCGAUUGCUCCAAUAUUGACAAAAUUCUUGAACCACCUGAAGGCCAAGAUGAAGGUGUAUGGAAGUAUGAACAUUUAAGGCAAUUCUGCCUUGAGCUAAAUGGACUUGCUGUCAAACUUCAGAGCGAAUGCCAUCCAGAUACUUGCACUCAAAUGACAGCAACUGAACAAUGGAUUUUUCUUUGUGCAGCUCAUAAAACUCCAAAAGAGUGUCCUGCUAUUGACUACACUAGACACACACUUGAUGGUGCUGCAUGUCUUCUGAAUAGCAAUAAAUAUUUUCCCAGCAGGGUUAGCAUAAAGGAAUCAUCUGUAGCGAAACUAGGAUCAGUAUGCCGUAGGAUUUACAGAAUAUUUUCACAUGCUUAUUUUCAUCAUCGGCAGAUAUUUGAUGAAUAUGAAAAUGAAACAUUUUUGUGUCAUCGGUUUACUAAAUUUGUGAUGAAAUAUAAUUUGAUGUCCAAGGAUAACCUGAUUGUACCAAUUUUAGAAGAGGAAGUACAGAAUUCAGUUUCUGGGGAAAGUGAAGCAUGAAGGGAAUCAUAUGGAAAAAUGUACUGAUCACAUAAUUAACGUUAAUUAUGUACUGUAUAUAUCAUUUUAGACACAUCAAUCAUGUAUCCAUAUUAUAGCUUCUUUGUUUAGUAUAGAUUUUUGUAUGCUGGGUUUGCCUUUUAAAAUGGGAAAUACUUUUUAAGUUAUUCAUAAGCUGUAUAUUCACCAGUGUGGCACUCAUGGUUUUUAAAUAAGAUUAGUAUUAUCUGUUUAUAAUGCCUGUUAAUAAAAGAAUUUACAGUUUGGUAAAAUUGCUGCUAAACAAUCAUUGGAUCACAAUCCUCAUCAAACAAACCUAUCUAUAAAAAAAAAUGAGAGCUUGAGGUUUCACACAAGCCAUUUACUAAAGAGUUAUAAAUGUUUUCCUUUGGUUUUACUCUGAGUUUAGAUAUCCUAAAAAAUUCUAUAGUACAUAGUUUUGUCUUACCUGUUAAUUUUCCCCAAAUGAGAUAAAAGUGUUUUAAAAUUGUUUAUGGUUUUUGAUAUGCAUAUAUAAUUAUGUGUAUAUCUAAAUACAGAUGCAAAUGAAGCAUUGGUAAGACUUAAAUAAUUUUACUGUGCUACAUAAAGUAUAACAUACUUGGAAAGGAUUUACCUUUCUGCAACAAUGGACUGGUACAUACGGGAUUAUGAUAAUGAUAAGGCACGUAAAUGAUGUUCCCACUGGAAACCUGCCCUGUCCACCCCUUCUCAUUUCCCUUAACCUUAUCCUCAAACUACUUUAGCUGAGAAGCUUUUCACCAGACUGUGAGUUAGUGGUGGCUUAUACCUAUUUAUAUUUGUAUUAAUUGCUUACAGAUUAUACCUCAUAUUAGCAAUUACAUUACACUACAAGAAAAUGUAUUUGCAUAGGCUCUUGCUUAUCUUUGUUUUGCAAAAUUGUUCUACUUAGAAAACAGUCCUUAAAAUAGUUUAACUCUUCCUGUUAGUAAUAUUAAUCUUUCGUUUUACCAGGUAGGCAGCAUUAAAUAGAAUUGAAGAAAUACUGUAGUAUUUAUUUUAUACCCCCUCCCCACAAAGUUUAUGUUUGAAUUAUAUGCACGUGUGAGAUUAUUUGCAAUAAUUGAUAGGUUCCAAGGGUGUUGAUGAAUAGUCAUACAUUUUUUGGACUUUGUUGUAAUUCAUUGUGGUAAGAAUGAUUCAAACGCAGAUUUAACAAUCUUAUAAUCUAUUGAAUGCCAUUUUUAAUAAAGCAUUGGAGGUCUUACUGCCAAACUGAUUAUAAUGAGGCACUAAGGGUGAAAAAAAUUGUACAUGUUGUGAAGAAAGUAUUUAAAUCCAACUUUUGAACAGAUUUAACAAACAUGAGGAACUUCUUUUUCAUUUAAAAGGGUUAUUUUGAAAUGAAGAUGAAAAUAUAUUCAUCUUAAUGUAUUCAUUUUGUUUUUCAAACUUAAGGGAAUGAUUUAUACCAUAUUUUGAGACAAGAAUGUACAGCAAAAAUGUGGGGAACAGUAGUGUACUGAGAGUGCGUGUAUAUAUAGUGUGUGCAUUUCUAAGCCUGCCAGUCUUUCUGGCUUUGAACAGUGCCCACCAGCCAUAGUCGUUACUGUUCUCCAACCCACAACUAUCUUUUAAGAAGUCUUAUGUUCACAGUGGAAGGAAUGUUGACUUUGAAAUUAUGGAUUUAUAUUAAUGUCACUAUAAACCAAUGGGAAUGGUAAUUUUUAAACAAACUUACUAAAUAUUGAGAGACUAAAACUACUAAGUUAAUAAAUUAUAUAUAGCAGUAUAGCUGUUCUCUCUAGAUGCUGUCUCACAAUGGAUUUCUGUUGCUUAUUUUCUUAGUGAAUAUUUAAACUAAGGUAGUGACUGAGAUUUGGUGAUCUGGCUAAGUAUUUUGAAACACAUUUUGAAUAAUAUGGCUUAGUGUUGAUGGGGAAUUAAAUAUGAUUUUUUUCUUAUUCAUUUCAUCUUCCCUGUACUGUAUAUUUGGAAUUGAUCAUAAAAUCUCCAAAAGAAAAUAA